AAGGAGCCCAAGAAGCCGGUGAUCAAGAAGCCGCUGAACGCGUUCAUGCUCUACAUGAAGGAGAUGCGGGCCAAAGUCAUCGCUGAGUGCACGCUGAAGGAGAGCGCUGCCAUCAACCAGAUCCUGGGCCGACGGUGGCACGCUCUGACCCGCGAGGAACAGGCCAAGUACUAUGACCUGGCGCGGAAGGAGCGGCAGCUUCACAUGCAGCUUUAUCCCAGCUGGUCGGCCCGCGACAACUAC